CCCGACACUUGCCAAGGAAGCACAAAUGUGCAUUGCUGACCUGCAGCCUGCAGAUCUCGAUUCAGGUUGCGACAUCACCACUCUUUCACAGCGGUGGGAGACGUGGGGAGCCCGUGGGGAGACGUCCUGGUGGAAGAUCAGGAUUGCACAGAGAAAGAAGCGAGGUCCUGUCUUGCUUAUCGUUCAAAUAUUGCGUUCAUACAGCUUUCCAGCAUUGCUCACCGACCGCCCAUUGGAGACGGGUUCGUUUAGUGUUUGUGUGGAGGGCAAAAGCUUGCGCUCCAAUGGUGGUGUCACGGCAUGAAAGCGACCCACAGGUUCUGCCGAGGCGGAUCUUAGAAGACAAUGCCGGCGAUUUGCAGCCUUCGCGGAAGAUUGUCGUCCGGGUUGGGUCCUCGUAUGGGCUUGGACUUCGCAAGAGCGAUACAGAUGCACCGGCGCUGACGGAGCUGCCCUCGUGGAAUCAGCUCAAGUUUGAGCUGUGGCUGCAAUGGGAGCUGGCGGCCCCGCUCCUGGUUCAGGGGGUUUUGCAGGUCUUCCUGGGUCUGGUAUCCAUCAUGUUUGUUGGUCGGCUUGGGGAGCUAGAGCUGGCAAGCGCCUCUCUUGGAAUCUCCCUGUACAACGCCACCGGCUACUGGAUUAUGCUGGGAUCCGUGGGGGCUAUGGAGACGCUCUGCGGGCAGGCCUUCGGCGCCAAGCAGUACCACAAGCUGGGCGAAGUCCUGCAGCGCGCGCUGUUCGUCAACACCGUUUUGUGUGGCCCGGUCAUGAUCCUCUGGAUGUACGCUGAGGAGAUCCUGCUAGCCCUCGGACAAGAGCCCCACAUCGCGGACGCGACGACCCGGUUCCUGUACGGCCUCUUUCCCGCGCUGUUCGGGGCCGCGUGGGGCAUGCCCCUCGUGAAGUACCUCCAGACGCAGAACAUCGUGCGGCCGCUCGCCGUGUGCUCGGGCCUCACGCUCGCGGUCCACGUCCCGGUGACGUACGCGCUCGUCUUCUCGCUCGGGCUCGGCUUCAUGGGCGCCGCGUACGCGACGUCAAUCUCCCAGCUCGUCUUCUUCUUCCUGCUCCUGGGGUCGAUCUACAUCUCCGGCGCGCACAAGAAGACGUGGGGCGGAUGGUCCCGUCGGGCCAUGUUUUCGGACGUGUCCGAGCUGUGGGAGUACGUACGGCUGGCCUUCCCGUCCGCAAUCAUGACGUGCCUCGAGUCGUGGGUGUACGAACUCGCCCUGUUUCUUGCGGGGCUGCUACCAAACCCGGCGGUGCAACUCUCGGCGAUCAACAUUCUAACGAACACAACGAUGCUGACCUUUAUGUUGGCGGUGGCGUGGAGUGCGGCGGUCAGCGUGCGCGUGGCAAACGAGCUGGGGGCGAACUCGCCGGAGCGCGCCCGGCUCGCGGUGCUCGCGUCCCGCGUCACGAGCGUCGUCACCGCGGCAGCCGUCGCGAUCACGCUCUUUGCGUGUCGGCACGUCUGGGGGUACAUAUUCACGGACGACGUCCCGGUGAUCAAGCUGACCGCGAGCCUGUUGCCGCUGCUCAGUAUCUCCGCAGCCACGGAUAUUCUGCAGUACACGAUGUCGGGUGUUUUGAGGGGGUCGGGGAAGCAGGACUUUGGGGCGCUCUGCAACUUUCUGAGUUAUUACUUGGUCGGCAUACCGAUGCUGGUCUUUCUGGGAUUCUAUUGCAAUUUGGAGGCCAUGGGGGUGUGGUCGGGGCUCCUCAUGGGAGUACUUGCUAAUCUUGUAAUCUAUUCAAUUCUCACGUCUAUGAUUGACUGGAAGAAGGAAGCCGAAACGGCCCUAUCGAGGACGGGUGGGCUCGACACGCACUUGCUCGGAUAGACUUAAGUCGGUCUCUAUAUCACGGUAGACUACUGAAUCUCAAUAGAUCCAAUUGCUGGAAAACAAAGUAGUAACAAGUUGGAACGGGUGGUGCGUCGUAUUAGGCUCUAGACUAUUAUCAUUUCUAUAGUUUAUGUGACUCAAUGCUAAGAGUAUGUAAGGGUCUGUAAUGAAGCUUGUAGAAACGAUAAGCACUCAAGUUGCUCAAGGUGUUUGUGCUGUAUCACAGUGUUGUCCCAUGGUGGUUCUAAUAUGCACGAUUGACGUAUCAGCAUACAGAUUUGUACACACCCUUAGAAGCAAAGACAUGCGGCGAUCUGAGGACUGGACAGCCAGGACGGGGUUUGAUGUAUGGGCUUUUGACAUUAUUAUAAGAGCCUGCAGAUAUAGGUAUUGCUAGUGCGACUAUAGCUAGAAUCAAGCGGCUAGGGAUCAUAUGCACGCAGUUACCGUACGCAGGAAUUGGUCGGAUUGUGGUUGAGGUUGAUUAUGGUUGAGAGCACCCUUGGAGUUGUAAUGCCCGGGCCGGCCCCCCAUUGUGGCCGCCUGCAUGCAUGAUUGCACGGAGG